AUGAACAACUCUCCCUUACCUAUUCCAUUUAUUAAACGCUAUGUUGGUAGGAAGAGUUGUUUAGUCAAAAUAGUUCGACCUGAGUCGCGUACAUUACGAAAAUUAACUCAAAAUACUUCUAAAAAUAAUCAAAACGUAAAUGGAGACAAACCAUUAACAGAUUUAGCAUCACCGCGACUUGAAGAACCAAUCGAUGAUCUUAUAGGUCCAAUUUUUAUUCCAAGUGUUCCUAUCGUAAAACGAAAAUUUCAUCAUGAAGUUGAAUGUCCACAAUUAGAGCAACUUAAGCCUCAGUUAAAUAACAAUACAAACGAUUUGAUUAUGCGAAAGAUAGAAGUGUGCAAUAUUAUUUGUGAUUUCAGUGACCCGGAUUCCGAUAAAAAAGCAAAGAAAGAAAAGAAGACAGCACUCAAAGAAUUACUUGCGUUAUUCUCAAAUAAAGAUAAUUGUCAAGCCGUUGCGCCUCCAAUUAUUGAUUCUCUGUUCAAAAUGUUUGAAGUUAAUAUUUAUCGACCAUUCCCAUCAGUUUCUGAGAAAUACUUAGCGUUCGAUGAAGAACCAUUGAUGUCAGAAGUUUCAUGGCCUCAUUUAUCAUUAGUUUACGAUAUUUUGAUUCAAUAUCAAACAAAUUUUCCACGUGAUCCACAUUUCACAGAAUUAUUCAUGAACAAACUUCUUAGUGCCUUUGAUUCCUGCGAUUCUAACGAGCGUGGAAAGCUAAUUACUAUCUUUACAAACUAUUCAACGACGAAUCCGAACUUAGUUCAUAAAUUAGUCGAAUAUUACGGUCACGUAUGUCGUGAGUACAUCGAUGGUCACUCAUAUUCUUUUGCUUUAACUCCUGCUUUGCGAUUAUUCAACAUUUCUCUUAAAACUGCUCCAAACAACGAAAUGGAGUUUUAUUACAACAUAAUAUUGACCAACAUUGUACCAUUACUCAAGAAACAGCAUGUUACAACUAUUUUACCACUAUUGAAUCCAAUAUUUGAUUUCAUCAUUCCAAAAGAGCCCAAAUUUGCAGAGAUCAUUGUUCUUUACAUUGUUAAUCAUUGGCCUGUUUCAUGGCCAUCUAAACAGCUCAUUUUCGUUGACUUCAUCAACAAUACAAUGGAAAAAAUGCCAUUGAAAAACUUUUCAUCCAUUUGUCACAAAGUUUUUAAAUUAUAUGCAACAUGUCUUCAAUCCAAAUCAUACAAAGUUGCAGAAGCAUCAAUGAAAGUAUGGGAUAACCACAAACUGAUCACAUUAAUACUGGACAACACUCGCUCGAUAUAUCCAGUCAUUAUGAGUCCUCUGAUUUUUACAAUGAAACAACACUGGAACCAAUCGACAAGAAACUGUGCAAUUUCUGCAUACAAACAAGUCCACAACAUUGAUCCGUUUGUUUUCGAUGAGAUCAGUAACAAACUUGCGAAGAAGAUGAAAACAACAGACGGCAACGAACUCAUCAAAAAAUGGGCUACAGUUGCAAAAUUCAGUGCAAAAACAGACAGAGAACUUAACUUGGCAAAGAAACUGUCAGAAAUCCAACAAGUUUUUUCUGUUGUUGAAGACAAAGAAGAUAAUCAAAUUAACAACACAGGAAGUAACAAGAAAUGA